GCGUAGAAAAUGCCCACUAAAUAUAACAAACGAUAAUAACAACAUUGUGAUGACGUAUAUAUAUAUGUGUGUGUGUGAGUGCAACUAAAUUUUGUUUUCCGAAUUUGUGAUUGAAAACUCUUCUCCCAAAAUCUAGAGCGCAAAGAUGGCGGAGGCCAGCGGCAGUGCCGGAAAUUCACGAUGGUCUCUCGAAGGUUUCACCGCGCUCGUCACCGGUGGCACUCGCGGAAUCGGUCACGCUGUGGUGGAGGAACUAGCCGGUUUAGGCGCCUCGGUCCAUACCUGCGCCCGGAACGAAUCGGACCUUAAUCAGUGCUUGAAGGAAUGGGAGGCCAAGGGUUAUGUGGUAACUGGAUCGGUUUGUGAUGCUUCUUCAAGAACACAAAGAGAGGAGCUGAUACAGGAAGUGGCGUCUUCUUUUAAUGGUACUCUCAAUAUUCUGGUAAACAAUGUGGGAACAAACAUAAGAAAGCCAAGUGCCGAGUACAGUUUGGAAGAAGUUUCAACAUUGAUGACAACAAACUUUGAAUCUGCAUUUCAUUUAUCCCAACUUUCACAUCCUCUUUUAAAAGCUUCGGGAAAUGGAAGCAUUGUGUUCAUUUCUUCUGUUGGUGGUCUUGUGAGCAUUGGUAGUGGUUCCAUUUAUGCUGCAACUAAAUCUGCAAUAAAUCAACUGACCAGAAAUCUUACUUGUGAAUGGGCCAAGGACAAUAUCAGGGUCAAUUGUGUUGCACCCUGGUAUAUAAAUACCCCUCUUGUAGAAAAGUUGAUGAAAAAUAAGACGUUGGUCGACAACAUAGUGUCUCGAACUCCUCUCGGGCGCAUAGGGGAAUCAAAGGAAGUGUCGUCGCUGGUGGCAUUCCUUUGCUUGCCUGCUGCAUCUUACAUUACGGGACAGAUCAUGUCUGUUGAUGGAGGAUUCACUGCAAAUGGAUUUGAACCUGGUAUGAGACUAGACAAAUUGUGAAAAACGUUGUUCUGUCUCUUAUAUCAUUGGUCAGAUGUGUUUCUUUAAUAAUCUUUUGUGCUAAAUAAUGUGUUUCUCAACUCUUUCAAGUUUGCUCAGCUUCUCUUAUCACUCUCUCAGUUCGAUUUUAUUGUUUUUAAUGAGUGAACCCAUUAAACCUUCUGAUCUGA